GGCUAACCGGCCCUUCGGCUUUAGCGCGGCUCUGAAACAAGGGCCGAAAUGCUCUCUCCCCCCUCCACACUCCAUCAUACCCUCCCCCCUCGUAGUGCACCUAGACAGGACAGGACAGGACAGGACAGGGCAGGGCAGCUAAGGUUAGGUUACUAUCUACUCCGUACUAUGUGACCCUUUCAUCAUCAUACCGGUAGUUCUUCCUCCACCAUCGUGCAUCCCCGCCAUCAACCUUCUAGCAAUUGCAACAUGCCAUUUCCCGACUCUGGGCCGGCCCUACUGUCAUAUCGGAAGCAGCAGCUGUUGGUCGAAUUCUCCAGUCUUCGUUACGCGCCCCUCGAUGGCGUCUUCGUGAGCAUAACUCCCGGGGAGCCUUCUUUAUGGGUUGGAGUCAUCUUUGUCCGUAAAGGUCCUUAUUCUCCAGCCGUAUUGCGCUUUCAGAUCUCGUUCCCGGCCACGUAUCCUAUGCUCCCCCCACUCGUCACUUUCUCCACCGAUGUCUUCCACCCACUACUUACGCCACUCACGACGUACACCUACACAACCGGGUCAUCAGACAAUGAUACCGUCAGUGCCACAGACGAGGAAAGACUUCCGCCAGGUGGAUUCAGUCUCAGGCAUGGCUUUCCGCAAUGGUUCGGGCGCGCUCGAAAAUCUGCAGCGAGCUCCCGAAAUGUGAGUGGCUCAGGUGCCGGCAGCCCAACUCCAAGUCACACCCCAUUGCCAGUGGAUUCUUUGAAGGCCGCGGGAGCUUCAAUGGAGUCAGAGGCUGCUGCUGCUGCUACCCCAGUAAAAGAUGUGACGAUCGUCAAGGUGUUGGAAUACAUCCGGUCAACGUUCAGUGACGACGCCAUUUUAGACUCAAUUCCAUUGGACGCUGCAGCAAAUUCAGGCGCGUACCAUGCUUGGCGAACAUACCGUGCAGAUAUCUUGCAGUCCCAGCUACCACCGCCUUCUCCAAAUUCAACGGCAUCAGAUUCACAACGCGGUGUGUCUGCAAAGGCCCCGGAGGGUUCCACUUUGGGCAGGAAUAGGCGGCCAGGAGAGUGGAACUGGGAGGGUGUCUGGGAAGAGCGUGUCAGAAAAGCGGUCAAGGCGAGCAUUUCCGAGCCUGUGUUAUUCGGCGGGGGGACGGCAGGUGAGGACAUCAUCCGCUUCCGCAAUGGUGAUGAGGAUAGUUUAGCACAUAUGAAGACACAGUUGGAAUCUGUUGCCCUGAAGGCUUUGGAUACAUAGGAUACAUUUCUGCUCAUUUGCUGGUGCUCGAUAGUGUUGUUUCUCGAAGUUCUUAUGGCAUGAUACCCAAUCUUUCCAAAUUUAAUCCUUCAAAUAUUAUCAACGUUCCA